GAGUAGCUGUCCAGCCAAGGCUCGUCCUGCGAAUCGCUUUUAUAUCCACUGUGCCUUCUACCAUUCUCAGCCUGACAGCCGCAACAUCACUGUAUUCUCAUCAUUCUUGCUGCUAGUACCUACAUACUCUUAGCAGAUCCGGGGUCGCAAAAACAUACCAUUUCUCCACCCUCGGAUCUUUGGCCGUUGCCGCCUUCCAAAUGAUUCCAGCACACUUCACUUUAGGAAGCCCCUUGGCACUUAUGGCGCAUCAAGCUCUCAUAUUUCUCAUCGUAUCAUUUCUCCGACCGGUACGGGCUAGCUUUGACCUUGCUCGAUGCUGUGUCAAAGCCGCAAGAGAUCGAGGCAUCAUGAAACGGGUAGAAGAGGCUCUCGAAGAGAAACAAGAACCCUGGGCUAUAUGCAAAUUUGGCAAAUCUGUCGAAUAUCCUUCCGAAACUCGCUGGCCGUCUGUUACACAAACGCGGGCCUGGUGUAAGGCCGAAUGUGACGGAUAUCAGCGAAGUGAAACUGCACAAUGGCUUCAGCCCCUCGCAACGUGGAUCGCGCCUUAUAUCGCAUUUCUACUGCUGUGUCCUGUCGCCGAGGGAGAAGAUGACAUUGACGAGAACACUCGAAAAACAGAAUUCCGAUUCACAGUGUUGGCGAGAUUCCUCAACAACAAGCAUGUCCAUUCCCUUUGGAGCUUCGUCACGAAUGUGAUCGGCGAAUACGUGCUCCUGCUUGGGGAUCCUGCCAGCGCACUUUGGGGUGCCUUCUCGGAGAUUCUGUCAGACUUGCGAUUGGCAAAACGUCUUGGAAAUAAGAAAUCCUCCUGGCUGGCGGAUAAAGCAGUAUGGAUUGUUAUGUUGGCCGGCGAUACAAAGUUCAAACCUGAUCUUCUUUGGCGAGGGUUCGCAAAAUCCUUGCCCAAGGAUGAACGCACAUCAGAUGAGGCCGCAGAUAUAGACAACCCAGCGAUGGCUAAGACCACAUCAUGGCGAAUGCUGGCCAAGAGAGUUUCCGCACACACGCCAUCGAUAGAACGGAAUGGGUCUCCGGAUUCAACGGGCCAGGAUGAGAUUAUCAAACAAAGCACAGCUGUCCAUGCUUCAACCCUCACUGGAGCCUCUCUCCAGUCCUCUAUGGAGGAAGAAUUGAUGCGUGGAGUUCAACUGUUGGUCCAAGGCCGCAUCAACUUCACGAAGGGUAUCUUCAUGCCCACCAUCCUAAUGUUAGCCGUCGCUGCCUCAGUCUUCUUCGACGCGUAUCAAAAGCUCGGGGACAAAGACACUGCACACGCUCUGGCUUAUGGGGUUUGGUACUCGUGGCUCGUCACCCUCGGAGUUGCGGCGAAUUGCUUUGCCACAAGUACAAACGUCGGAGUCGCUAGGAAAGCUUUCGGCAAGUCAAUCGAGUUGUCGCAGAGGAGAGUAUCUCUGUCGGAGCGAUACGUCAAUCGUCUUGCCUGGGAGAAUUGGCUAUGGGAAAUCGAGAAUCCUGAUGCCGAACAGACAGUUACGGGCCCAUUCCAGCAGAAUACGGCCUUUUGGUUCAAGUUCCUGCUCGGACAGCUUAUCGGCUGCGUAUGCGUCUGUUUCGCAUCCGGCUCGGCAGCAGUUAUCUCGUGGACUACACCUACUGUUGGUAUUGGAUGUCGUUCAUUCAACUUCGUAUUAUACGGAGUAGGGACAACGGUUGCUGCAAUCAUUCAGUUGUGCCGCCAAUGGGCAGGGCGGAAUCACUCCGGCAAAGCAAGGACUUCUCCUUUGGUUUUCCUUACGUGGUCGUACUGGGUCGUGGUCGUGUUCAACGCACUGGUCCUUGUCGUCGGCACCAUAUUUCAUCUCUCGGGUGUCUAUCGAAGCUGUUGGUGUUCACGAUUGUUCGCCAAAGAAGACACAUUACUCGAGUUCAAUCGGAACACUGAACAAGCAUACACCAAUGCUAGAAGGUAUUGGCUGGUGACUGGAUAUGUUGCCUUCUCAUUCGUUUGGAUAAUCUGCUCCUUUGCUGUCUCGGCUAGGAAGUACAUUAUCUGGCGAGUUGAGAGGGCUUUGGAAGCUAGAGAUUAAGCGGACUGAGGAUGCUGAUUGUGUACAACAGUGUUAAAUUGUUGAAAGAAGUGGAGGUGC